AUGAGCACUGUAGACUCAUAUGGACCUGCUUCUCAAACUCUUACUUUUCUAGACACUGAAGAAGCAGAUUUCGGCGCAGAUACACAGGGAAGCGAGUACGAAUUUCACGAUUUCACUGUCCCAUCACAAACACAAACUCAGUCGCAAGCUUCACAGCCUGAAAGUAGUCAACCUUUAGUCAACGGAAAUGUCGUAGACAAGAAGGAAGAGCUUAACAAUGGCCCAGUAGCAGUGAAUGAUGAUUCAAAGGUAGAUGGCGGAGUUGCAAAGGUUAACAACUCGUUGGGUGAGCUCAACUUCGAGGAAGACGAAGAUGAAACCUAUUACACGAAAGAUCUUCCGGCCUACGCAUGCAGGUGUGUUAAUUUUGAAAGCAGUUAUUUGAAUUUUUAGUAGUUAAAAUGAGGCUUUUCAAAUUAGAUAUAUGUAUGAAAGUUUAAACCACAGUGCGUGUUUUCGGUAAGUUAGAAAUUGCUGGAAACUGACUUGAGGUUUACGUACCUCCUUAUUGUGAAAAUUUCUCGAAGUUUUCAGUUUUAGCCUUUGUAAUGACGCUGCCCUUGAGCAAAAUUUCAUCCUUACUCAGCAAAGUCAUCAUAGGAGAAACUCUUUUGGUUGCAUUAUUUUUUGGCUUAAUAGGAUUGAAAAAAGUUAUAAAAUGACCGUAGUGUGAUAACGGUUUUGAUGGAGACUGUUUUUUCACCGAUUGAGCAUUUCUACUUUGCAAUAUACAACAUCAUAAUAAUUGGUAAGCUUAUUAUGUAACUAAGUAUUGUAAUAUUUUGUUUAUAUUAUUAUUAUUAAUAUUAUUAUUCAUUAUUAUUAUCGUUGUUAUUAUUUUAAUCAUUAUUAAUAGUGUUAUCGUCAUCUCUAAUUUGCACAGUUAUUUAUUGUCUUGGAGCCAAUAAAAUUUAUACUUUAAGUCUGGUCCUAUCCCAAGACCUCAGACUUCAAAAGUACAAGAAGUAGAGAGACUUUGGUAAAGUUCUGACCCUAUUUGGUAUUCCUGUUUCCUUCAAAUAAUUGCUCUUGAAUGGUAUGAAGUGAGCUGUGAUGUUGCCAUCUUCAAAAACUCUGUGUUAUGGCGGGGGAACAGUUCUCUUGAUCAGGUUAAGUCCAUGCAAGUGGUAUUGUGGCUGAACGAUUCUGAAAAUUCUCUGCUGUUUCAUGUAUGUAAGUAGAUGUUCUCAGAUUGUAAAGUAAACGAGUGUUUAAACUAUUUUCAGGUACUGUGGAGUCCAUGACCCUGCAUCUGUUGUUCAGUGUAUUCAGUGUAAGAAGUGGUUUUGUAAUGGUCGAGGAAAUACUGCAGGAAGGUAGGCAAUGUUUUUAUUUGUUGAUAUUAAAAAUCAAAAAUAGUCGAAGUCAAUUUCCUCCAGACAAUCUUGGAGGCAGAAAAACAGUGCCAUAAAGUUGGCCAAUUUUCACUUGGUUGUCAGUAACUGAAACUUUUUAGUCCAUAACUUAACUCCUGGGCCCGGCUCCUGGAAGGCUGAUUAGCACUAAUCUAGGAUUUAACCAACUGCCUCACAGAUUAAAGGUUUGUUCCACUCUUUGUGUUUACCAUCCUAUGCAUCACUUAGAGUAUUAAACAUUAAAUUUUUUGUGUUAUCAUUACUCUAUCUCAGAGUAAAGGCUCAACAGCAUUCUGCAAGCUUGCAUUACAUGUUCUUAGACAAGAAAACCAUGCUUAAAAUUUGGCUUAAUCUAAAGUUAGUUGAACUUAACCAUCUUUCAGGGAACUGGGCCCUCAUGUUUAAGCACCCAAGGCUUCCUUCCCUUUUCUUUGGGGCAUGUGGCUUCCAUUAUAAUUUUGACAAAACUUUAGUCUUCCUUCUUAUAAUACAGUUAUUGAGUGUUUUAUACAUCAAAUGCAAAUAAGGCAGACCUCUCAACCGGCCCGAGUCUAGCUGUUCAAAAGCGAGGCUAGAAAGGCCUCAAAAGUUUAGUUUUGACUUCUUGUCUUAGUGAUUGAAUUGAUGAAUACAGUUUCCUCUGAGUUGUUGUAUGCCUGACUGCUACCAAAAAGGAGAUUUAACUAAAAAACAAAGUAUGGACCAUUAAUGGUUACUUAUUUCCUUUACCUUGACAGCCAUAUUGUUAACCACUUGGUCAGGGCCAAACACAAAGAGGUGACACUGCACAAAGAUGGCCCCCUGGGAGAGACAAUCCUAGAGUGUUAUAACUGUGCCUGUCGCAAUGUGUUUCUGCUUGGUUUUAUCCCAGCCAAGGCUGAUUCUGUUGUGGUACUCUUAUGUAGGUCAGUACACAAUCAAGGGACUACCAAGGCAGCAGAUUUUCUCUGAAACAAUAUUAAAGGAAUACCGUAAAAUUCUGAAAAUAAGCCCCUCCUGGGAGCUUGCACUUGGAAAAUUGCCAUCAAAUACAAAGUAAAAUAAAGCAAAAACAGUAAAUUUACUUCCAACUGUAAGGCUAGCCCAACCAAUUUUGAAAUGCAAAUUUCCCUCUGUAGAUAAGCCCCUCCAAAAAUAGGCCACUCAAAAAGGGCCUUUGAAAAAUGUAAGCUCUGGGGCUUAUUUUCAGAAUUUUACGGUAUUAAUGGACUUGGUGGCUGGUAAUCACAUUACAAACUCUUCCUUUAGUGAAUAUAUGAAAGCAAGGCAAUUUAGAAAAGAGAAACUAUGUGUCAAAUUUGUCAGAAGUCACUUGGGCUUUUCUUCUGGCAUCCCUUGAAUUGUUGAUUGCACUGGACCACAUUCUCAUAGUCAAGGCCAAAGUAGCAUGCUAGACCCUGUCGUCUUACACUUUAUCAGCAGUACAAAUUGUACAUAACUCAUCUGGUUGAAAAGCUAAUAUUGUUAAAAUUUUCAGUUACUUAUGCUUCCACUCUCAUGUGUUUGCCUUUACCUUAUCCUUUAAUUUUGGAUUAUUAACCAUCCUUUAGGCAACCUUGUGCAACCCAGAGUAACUCCAAGGAUAUGAAUUGGUAAGGACAAGCUUUCUGCUUCCACUUUUCACUCAAGUACACCUUUUUGUCCAUGUUCCUUGAAAUUACCCGCUAAUUUUCUGUCCAAUCAUUCAGGGAUCAAGCCCAGUGGCAGCCACUGAUCAAUGAUCGUUGUUUCUUGUCGUGGCUUGUUAAGGUUCCUCCUGAUGAGGACCAGCUCAGGGCGAGACAGGUAAAGUACUGUUUUAAGGUUUGUUGACAGUCCAAUGCGAGUCUUGAUUCUCAACGUCAUUCUCCUUUCUUGAUUCGCAUUUCCUGCACAAAAUGAGAGUUGAGAAAGGAAAACCAGUGGACCUAAUGCAAAAAUGGCUGCUAGAUUAAUAUUCUUGAGGUAUUCUUUUGAAUUUUAGAGUUAAGAGCAAGGCUAGUCAGGUUAAUUUAAAUUUCAACUAAGGAAUAUUAAUCCAGCAGCCAUUUUUUGGAGAAUCAAUUUGCGGAUCGGGUCUCUUGAAGCAGAAAACAGUGGAUUCACCCAUGACUGAUUUCUUGAUAAUUUUACCUUGACAUGACACAAAACGGAUUGCAAACACAGCAUAGCUAAUGCACAAGCAGCUUUAUGCGUAAGAUCAAAACAAGACCAAGUUAAGUGAAUGUGUCUUCAAGGAUAUCUGUACCGAGCUUCUCCUUAAAUACCGUUUCAAAUACCCUCUUCAAAUUCAAACAAGCAGUGUAUACGUGUGUGCAAGCAAGAAAAUGAAUAAUAGCAUGUUCAUAUUGUAAUGUCAAAUGAUUCUGAGCUUAUUUGGCAGCUGAGCCAGGUAGAUUAAGGUAUGUCCAUAACUUGACUAACCUGUAGCUCUGAAAUUGUGUUAGUGAUUGAACUGAAAAAUUUCUUGAAACAAUCAUUUUGUUUUGUAACAAUAGCAUACUGUCUUACUACACUAUAUUAUUGAAAUCAGGGCUAUUGAUAGCCAUUCAGUUGAGAGAAUUUUUGUUAUAUUUGUGAUGAUUACAGUUGUAAUAUAAAACUGUGAAAGGUUUGAACCCAGGAGUCACCUCAUAAGUAGGUUGAGCAUGAUCAUCCGGGUGGACAUAGUCCUUAAGAGGUCUUUUGUUGACAUUGACGGACGUUUUGACAACCUAUGCAGUAGUCAUCUUCAGAGUCAAAGUGAGUUGUUUCACAUCAGUUGGUGGUAUUGAACUCUGGUUAUUUACUGACAAUAACCAGAGUUUAAUACCAUCAAUUGACGUGAUACAACUAACUUUGACUCUGAAGAUGACUACUGCCAAGUUAUCAAAACAACAGUCAGUGUCAGCGAUAGUCCUAUUCAGGACUACGUUCACCCGGACGAUCAUGCUGAACCUACUUAUUUGUUAUUGUGCAGCACACUGUCAAAGCAUAAGUUAAGGUAAAAGAAUGUAUUAAUGUCUGUAACACACGCAUACCAUGAAUUUGUUACUUUUAUUCUAGAUUUCAGCCCAGCAGAUCAACAAGCUUGAAGAACUGUGGAAGGUGGGGCUAUAUUUCUUUCUCCAUCUUUCUGCCUUUGUCUUUUUUGUGGUUUUACCAUCCUUCUACUCAUCAGUCUGGUGAGGACAUUGAAUGUUUUCUAGUACUUAUAGUGAACAAGAGCUAUUUCCAUAUCUCUAGGACAACCCGGAAGCCAGAUUGGAAGAUUUGGACAAGCCUGGAGUUGAUGAUGAACCACAACAGGUUCUUCUGAGGUUUGCAAUUUUUGUUUUUUAAGUUUUUGUAUUGAGAUAACUAGAUGCAGUAACAAUAGUCCUAAGUCCAAAAUAGCUCACAGUAGUCAGACUAUUUAGAUGUAAAAGAAACUUGAAUUCAAGCAUGUGAUUUGGACAAACAUCCAUGUAUGUUGUUGUUACCAUGUAUACCAUUGUGGCAUCUUAAAGUCCCUAUUAUUUUUUCACAGCAGCUGAUUGUUAAUUCAUUUAUGCAGGUAUGAAGAUGCUUACCAAUAUCAGAACAUAUUUGGGCCACUUGUUAAACUAGAGGCAGACUAUGACAAGAAACUUAAAGAGUCUCAGGUUAUUAUCUUACUUGUAGCAUCCAUAUUCAUCAGGGUUGUCAUUAAGAGCCAGGGGCCGGGGAUUUUCCCCGGCUACUAAGAGAGUGGCCCCCGGCUACUUUUAUUGGAAAAUAGAAAGAAAAUAGAACCAAAAGAAAUCCCUUGCCGUUUGAUUCCCCGCCUACUUGUUGUAUUUACCCGGCAACUUGAAAUCUUAGUGACAACCCUGCAUACUCAUUGUGCGGUUCAUAUUUUAAAGGUUGUUAUAGUUUUGUUUUCGUUAUGUCCACAGCAUAGAUACAAUCACAUUGCUGAAUUUAAACUAUAAUCUUUAGAUACUGUUGAGAUUGAGAGAGUCAAAGAAAUAGCCAGACUUUAGCUCCCCUUUUGCUAUUGUGUCAGUACCAUAGAGUGAUAUUUAGCUUUUGUAUUUAAUAUUAGUAACAAAAUAUCGUCAGGGUUCGCACGCACCUUGGAAGUCCUUGAUAGUCCUUCAAGGCCUUGAAAGUCCUUGAAUUCUGUGCUAACUUUAUCCAACCCGGAUUCUCAAGUGCCUACAAGAGCAAAAAGAGAAAGACCUUUAGGAUAAAAUUGCUCAUGUUGUGGAAGAGCUAAAAAAUAGACUCAAGGCUCUUUUUUGCACUGAGUGGAGUCCUUGAAAAAUGGGAAAUGUGUCCGUGAAAAUCUUUGAAAGUCCUUGAGUUUCUGGUUCAAAAAUGGUAUGAUCCCUGAAUUUUUAGACAUUAAGAAUAAUCUCUGGAGGCAGGUGUGCUGUUUUUGAGCUAGAAACAUGCCCGAAAGUUGAGAAAAAUGAAAUAUGAGCAGAACACGCUGAUCAAAAACAUAUAAAAGACUUACCUUUGGCACGACAGUUUGCUUUAACAGCAGUCAAACUUCAUUGAAGUGUUUGGUGGCAGAACUUUUCUUUUCUUUCUAACAGAUGUUAAGGUACAAAUUUCGUUGUAAUUCUUUUUAAGUGAAGCACUGUACAUAAGUCUUUUUUUAUGAGUAUUGAAUAAAGACUUUUUGUUAUUAAAAAUUAUUAUUAUGACGAUGAUGAUGAUGAUGAUGAUGAUGAUGCAGUAUUAAAUGUAAGAAUGCAAACUGUUAACCAUGUAGGGCACACGGCUUAAACUAUGUGGCCUGCAAGGGAUUAAAUUGUUUUUAAAAAACAAACUGCGUUACAGAAUUUUUCAAAGGCAAAAUUUAAAAAAAUUGUGAUGAUACAGAAAAAUAAAAGUGAAGAUAAUAAAAUGCAACUAAGAAAUAAGAAGUAAUACAUUUUUCGAAUCUAGACCAAUCCUUAAAAAUCACUUGAACGAAACGUGGACCUAAUAUGUCCUUACUAAGUUCAGUUAAAUAGUCAAACAACAGUUGCCUCGAAAGUACGUGCUAUGUUAAGCAAGCACAAGAUUUGUUAUUAGUAUUAUGAUAGCUGAAAGUGACCAGCUCUAGUUACAGUAUGUUCCCCCCCCCUCCCGCCUCACCCCUGUAUACCCAGUCAUUUCAGCCUCCUAUGAAAAUCACUUAAGCCAUAAUCAACCCUUCCUCUUUUUAUCUGCAGACUCAAGAUAACAUUGUUGUACGCUGGGACAUUGGUUUGAACAAGAAAAGGAUUGCAUACUUCACAUUUCCUAAAACAAAUGACGAUAUGCGGCUUAUGCAGGGUGAUGAACUGCGACUGAGAUAUGUUGGUGAACUGCACAAACCUUGGCAGGGAGUUGGACAUGUUACCAAAGUGCCAAACAGUAUCCUUUUGUGAACAACUGGGCCAGCAUGUAGCUCAUGAAGCCACCACUCACUUAUUUAGGGCCCUUUAGUGGUGAGGACAGUGCUAUUUCAAAUUUGCAAUUUUUUUUUAUCCAUUUCCUGAGAUUUUCCAGAAUCUUUUAACUUUGGAUGGCAAUGACAAAACAUGCAAUAAGGUUAUUAACCUCCUGUGAAUACUACCCUUUUGUCAAUGACAAAUAUUUUUCAUGUAGUCACAUUUUUACCACAGAUUUAAGUCUCAUUUAAAGGGAACCCUUUUCUGUGAAGUGGAUAUCAGAUUUGUAGUAAGCAUUUCUCUGAGUGCAACAGAAAUGUAACAUUUCACUCUUUCAAGCAACCAUUCCAUUAUACAGUGUACAUGUAUCCUUGGUCAAUGAACUGUUGGUGAGGUAAUUUCAUUCUACCUCUAAAAUCUCUGCUAUUCAAGAAAUGUUUAUGAUUCAUUUUGUAUGCGUGUAAGGUUACCUACAUAUAGAUAAUUCCUUGACACACACCCCAUAGACUUUGGUGAAGAAGUUGGAAUUGAGCUACGCAGCAAUCUUGGUGCUCCAGUGGAGUGCACACAUAACUUUGUGGUGGAUUUUGUAUGGAAAUCGACUUCUUUUGACAGGUGAAAGAAAAUCACUGACAGAAAUUAUGAUAAAUUGUUAAUUUGUAUGUUAUCCCGUUUUUGCUCAGAUAGAAAUAGUUUAUUGUAAUAUGUCAUUGUCUGGAUGGUGUCGAUUUAAAAGUUGUACUAAGUGUUUUGUUUUAAUCCUCGAAUAAAGGGCACAGUUUUUCUGAUUGGGUGUGGCAUUUAUCGAGGGCAGCAAUUGUUGGUAAUUUUGCUUCCAUCUGUAGAAGAUGUUUGAGGAUGGCUUUUAUUGAGAUAUAGAUACAGUAUUGAGCUUUCAAAUCAAAUUGUUUGAUGUACAUUAUCACUUGUCACACCAAUAUUAUCCCUGAAGUCUGUUUGCCUGGCUGUUAGUAGUGUGCAUUAUAAAAAUUAUUAAAUUAAUAUUAAUUUUGAAAAUUUGAUUUUAUAUUGUUGUUAAUUGGUGUCUGGUCUUAUUGUUAAUCGACAGAAUGCAGACAGGAAUGAAAACAUUUGCUGUAGAUGAGACUUCAGUUAGUGGCUACAUUUAUCACAAGUUGCUGGGGCAUGAAGUGGAAGAACAAGUGGUGAAGUGCCAGCUGCCAAAAAGGUUUGUUUUAGAGAUACAUGUGUAUAUGUCUUUCUUUGGCUGUGGGCAAGCAUCUCAUCCAGUGUAUGUCAGAGUUGAACUGGGAAAACAUUUUUAAAACAUAUCAGAGUCUGUUUGUCAAAGGAUUCCCCCAAGUUACACCAGAUUUUACCCUUCUCCAAAGUACUAGCAUGAGAGGGAGCUUCUUUGCUCUCGUGCGCACAAAGCACAUGUAGUGGAACACCAUGGGUUCAAAAAAAAUUGUAAUCUAUAGAUCUGAGAAAUUUUGGCUAUCAUGUGAGCAUCUGUCCAUACGACACACAUGCAUACAUCCACCCCUUACAUGUAAACCAAUGCCAAAUAUCACAUUUACUACCCACAUGGCCAAUUGGACUUUGGGAGAGAAAAAAGCAACGAAGCAACAACAAAGCAUAAACUAAUUUUUUUGCUGCUCUUGUUUCCAUUGCCAUUUAGCAUAACACGAUUUUAUUUUUUGUUUGCAGAAGUAUAUUAACGAGAGCUUUGGUUUUAGCCCUGGCUAAAUCUAAAUAUUAUUUUAGGAACAUUCAUGUAGGCUGGUGCUAGUCAGCACAAGAAAUGUAAUUAAGACAAAAGACUUGAAAAACCAACAUUUUUAUUAAGGGGUUAUAUUUGCCUUUAAAUUCUGGGGUUUUUGUUUUAGUUUUUUAAAAGUACUUUUCAGAUCUUGAUAUUUUAUUGAGAUUCUAGUAUACAGUUAAGAGUACCUUUACUGUUCAACUGGUCCUCCUGACUGUGGACCAUUAUCCUUUGAGACAAGGGUCUCUUAUAUGUGUGUGUAUUUUUACACAUCAGGUAAUCAAAUACUUCAACUUAUUUUCGUAAAAAUCUGUAAAUAAUCAGACAAAGUGUUUGUGUUAAGUUUUUGUGAAGUAAAACAACAUACAUAUAGCCAAUCCGGAUAUACACAUGGCUAUACAGGGCUGGUAUUUGCAGUCCUAAGCUUGUGCCUUAAAUUUGCCUGGUUGUGGUGGUUUUGCAGAACCAGAAACACAACCUGUUCAAGUCUUUCAAAAAACGUGCCAGUUAUAAUCAGAUGUACUAAUCUUGAUUAAACUAGUUCCACCCUUUUUUUUUAAUCUGAAAAGGAAGCUUCCUGUUAGGAACAAACCUAACAGUGAUGCCAUUUUGCAUUGUACAUGUACAUGUAAAUGUAACGACAAAUGCUGCCAGCCAACUUCAGCCCGUAAAAUGACUGUGGGUAAUGAUGGCUCUGAUGGUGGCCUGAAUGUGCAGUAACUUAAAUCCUAAGGAAUAUUUGUGUUUUCCACCCAUCUCUGAAGUAAUUUGUGUAUGAUCAUGUUUGUCACAGGUUUUCUGCACAAGGGCUACCAGAGCUUAACCAUUCCCAAGUGUAUGCUGUAAAAACAGUGCUUCAAAGGCCACUCAGUCUUAUUCAGGUCAGUGGAUAACACAGUUUCUUGGAUGUUUCCCAACUUCUUUUGGCUACAUGUUUACAAGUCAAUCAGGUUAUGUUAUGGUUGUGAAUGAAUUCUCAUUCUUAUUUCUUUUGUUUGUAGGGACCCCCAGGUACUGGGAAGACAGUGACCUCUGCUAGUAUAGUUUAUCACUUGGCAAAGCAAAAUAAUGGGUGAGUGUUAAAACACUGAUUAUUCCUGUAAAAACAAUACAGUCUUUGUCUCUAGAGCAAAUGAAUCUGUUAGUUCAUUAUACUUCAUGGAAUUCCGCUAUCUUCUGAAUAAGUUGAGACUAACUGUGGUUGCAUCCUUGUGAGUACUUCCUUUUUACACCUUUUAUGAGAUUGUUCAGUUUAGACAAUCCGUUUGAUGCCAAUGAUCAUUAUGAAAUUUUGGCUGGUUCCUUAUUGACAUUACUUAAUGCAGUGGCCAUGAUUGAAACCCCUGAAAUUAAUGAAAACUCCUAAAAUACUUGUUAAUGUGUUUGUGAUUUUGUUAAUUCAUUUUUCAUUUUCUUAAAGACAAGUUCUAGUGUGUGCUCCUAGUAACAUAGCAGUGGAUCAACUUACAGAAAAGAUACAUAAAACAGGACUAAAGGUGUGGUUGUUUUAGAUGUGUUAACAGAACAUCCAUUUCUGGUCAUCCAGUCUCUUCUGGCUGCAUGUGUCCAUUUAAUUUUUGUAUGAAACAAAUCAAUAAACAACUGUUUAUACCAAGGAUUCGGCAUGCAGUUUUGAAAGGAAUCGUCAGACUUUGUGUGUAUCCUGUCAUAAGCCAAAUUUUGGAAUUAUCAUAGUAGCUCUUACUCGCUCUUGUAUAAGCGCCUGGGCCCUUAUUUCAAAUUUUAGCUAAAAGGAUUGGCGUUUAUUUGAAGGAGGGCACUUAAUAGAGGGGGGCUGUUAUUACGUUCCUCUAAACGAAUUAGAGAAUGGUCUAGCUGUUCCUUGGGAGUUUACAGCAUUUACCAAGAGUGCGGCAAUAGGACAAAAAUUGAAAGGAGAGAUAACGCACAUAAAGGAUCUCUGAAAGCACAUGGAUAUAUAAAUAUCUGAAAGUGAGUUAUCAGAAGAGAAACUAUUCCCCUGUACUGAUUCUGCUGUUGUCAAAGCCUAAGUGUCUAUAAAAGCUGGUUUUCCUUGUAUCCCUACUAUUUAAGGAGGAAGGGAGGGGGAUGCUUAUUUGUUAUUAUGGCCUUGUAGUGGGUGCUUAUUUGGGGGAGGGCGCCUAUUAGAGCAAGGGAGCUUAUUCAAGGAAAUACAAUGUUAAUUUGUAUUCUGAGAACAGGUUGUAAGACUGUGUGCCAAGAGCAGAGAAGCAAUUGACUCCCCUGUGGCAUUCCUUGCUUUGCACAAUCAAGUGCGUAACAUGGACAGCGUCCCUGAGCUUCAGAAGCUGCAGCAGUUGAAAGAUGAGGCUGGUGAGCUGUCUGCUGCUGAUGAGAAGAGGUACAGGUCUCUGAAGAGGAACUGUGAGCGGGAACUCCUUCAGGUUGGUGGCAGGAACUUGUCCACUCAUAAUAAUUAGAGAAUUUUGUAAAAUCCAAAUCCUACAUGUAUAAGGUGCGAUUGAAGAAAUUUUAUUUUGAAUGGACACAGUUUGGUCUAUAAAAGCAAGAACCAUCUUGCAAAAUUUUAGACCGCACUACAAGAAAGUAUUGCUGUAGACGUUUUAUAUUUAAGGCUUAAGCACAAGUACCUAUCCUAUGUAAUAUGGCCAGCAGGAUAACCUCUUGUGAAAUUCAUGAGGUCAGCCUCGGGGCAAGUCUAAGGUUUUAUUGGAAUGGUCGUGUUUUAAACAUUUACAUGUAUUUUUUCUUUCACAUACAUCUGAAAACCUUCUGCAGUUGUAGAACUUUCAAUUUUCGUGCCUACUUAGUUGAUGUGGAUAACAAAAAACUUGGUUUUAUUCUCCCCUAAAUAAAAUUUGGUAAGCUGAUUUUGUUUACUUGGUGAGUAUUAAUAAUUUAUUGCAACAUUUCAGCAUGCAGAUGUCAUCUGCACCACAUGUGUUGGAGCUGGAGACCCUCGCCUAUCUAAGUUCAGGUUCCGCACAGUGUUGAUUGACGAGUCAACUCAAGCUACUGAACCUGAGUGCAUGGUACCAGUCAUACUAGGCUGUAAACAGGUUAGUUAGCAUGUUGCUGAAAGAGCUUGCUUAACUCAUUCAGAUAAGGUUUUGGGAGGGAAAAAUAGUAGUAUUCUCCUCUGAACUAAAUGCAUGCAAUGAUGGAGAACACAUACUACAUGUAUGAAUAAAUUUACGAUGUAGAAAUAUGCAGCAGGCAUUUGUUAUUCUCCUAUGAUCCUGAUUACCACUAGUUAUGAAUGCUUUUUAUUCCUAAUCCAAGAGGUCAAAUACAUACAGUCCACUUGAACAGUUCACAUUUUACAAUUACUAUCUUUUGGAGCUUGAGAUCUCUAAGAUCCUGCCAAACACUGAAUUCUCCUUGUUUCAGAAUGAACAGUGACAUGUAAGAAUUCUCUUUUCAGCUGAUCCUGGUUGGAGAUCACUGUCAGCUUGGACCUGUAGUGAUGUGCAAGAAGGCAGCUAAGUAAGCCUGUGAUACAUGUGUAUGUUUGAACUUUGCCCCUGUAAAAAGACUUGAGGGCCUCUAAAAACUGAGAGAGAGAGAGAGAGAAAUGCGACAUGCAUAACUUAUUGUACAGACUGCUAUUAACAACUUAGUUUGGAAAGCUGGUGUGCUAACUUAGAACAAACGCCACUGGAUCGCAGUCAGCAAUUACCAGCACCGUACAAACGACUUACUGACAGACUCGAGCAAAACUGUCAACUACAGAAUGACUGGAUAACCGACAAUUUGUCUAGCAAUAAAUGACUGCUCAACUGUGACAAAAAGAUAGAUCGACACGCACCAGUGACAUUUAAGAGUUUUCAUAACCAAUAACAUCACGGCUUAACUGAUAGACGACCAAUAACAUAGCGACUUUACGGACCAAUCAGGUCAAUAACCAGAGUUUAAUACCAUCAACUGAAAGGAUACAACUCACUUUUACUCUGAAGAUGAUUGCCGCACAGGUUAUCGAAACGUCAUGCACUGUCAACAACAGUCCUAUUCACAACUACGAUCAACCGGACAAUCAUGUUCCACCUACCUAUGAAAUUACUCCUGGGUUCAAACCUUUCACAGCGAGAAAGAAAAAGGGAAAACAAGCUUGUCGGCGAAAAUAAUUACUCUUUCAAAGCAGUUCCCCUAAUUACAUUUAAUUUAUUACGAAUUGAGUGAGAGGCUCCCAUCAAUACCACGGAAUCUAGUAUUAUCACAUUCACCCAUCAGUUGCUUCGCAUGAAUGUGCCGCAUACUCAAGGAUAUCAUCAGCUGAGUAGUUGGUUGAGCAUACUUGCAGUUCAUCAUAGAAAAUUGUGUAAUUUAAAGCUCUUAAAAAUUUCUCCUUUUGGGUGUUUUAUGGAAUUCAGUUAACAGUAUUAAUUUGUGUAGUACUCAUAAAUGUUUGUUGUUGUUUUGUUUAUUCUCUCCAGUGCUGGUCUGUCCCAGUCGUUGUUUGAACGUCUUGUGGUACUUGGUAUCCGCCCAAUUCGUCUGCAAGUCCAGUACCGUAUGCACCCUUCUUUGAGCGAGUUUCCAUCCAAUCUGUUCUAUGAUGGCACUCUUCAGAAUGGUGUUACUAUUGGUAAGCUUGUCCUGCUUUCCAGUGUAAUAUUCCCAAACCGCCAAGCAGACGGUCUUUCGGCAGCAGUUUCCACCACGAUGGUUGCUUGACGUAUUAAUCGUAUUAAUUUGAGUGUCCGAAAUCAAAAUUCAGUUUUAAAAAGCCUUAAAAUUAAUUUUGAGAACUUAUGUAUUGAAAAUGGAAAGCACCAUAGGAAUGUACGAAGUAGGCUUCAUUUUAAUGGUAACUUUUGUAGGAUUUUGUCAAAAGUAACAAGUAGAACCUGUUGCAUAUUGAAUAGUACCAUGUGAAAGUCAGUACUGCUGAAGAGGUGUCAUUUGAAGGGCCACACCAUAGGAUUUCAUCCACAGAUUCAAAAGUUAGAACUACAUACUAAGUAAGUAGUACCAUGUGAAAGUACUGCUGAAGAGGUGUCAUUUGAAGGGCCGCACCGUAGGAUUACAUGCACAGACUCAAAAGUUAGAACUAUAAGGCGCGUUGCCAUAAUUGACUCCUGGUGCAAAAGGCUCUACGGUUGUUGUUCAGUAAUGAAUAAUUGUUUGUGUGUUUAAUUUUUAUUCAGCUGAACGUCAGCAGUCAGGAGUUGACUUUCCUUGGCCUGUUCCUGACAAACCAAUGUUCUUUUACUCCACCAUGGGCCAGGAAGAAAUUGCCUCGUCUGGUACAUCCUACCUCAACAGGUAUUCCUCAAUUAGCUAGUGAUUCCGUUUCCAAGAGUAGAAAGACCCAUCUUUACUUCGGUUUUUAUCGAGCUACUAAUGCCAUGCUUUUCCUUAAGUAACAGCCUGCAGGCGCUACAGCGGAACUAGCAGCUUUUUGAGACAGUAGCCUUUUGGAUUGGUCAUAGAAAGGAAAGAGGAAGGAAACUUCGUUGCAUUCGAAACGAGCGGAGUGGAGUUUAUUUCUCUUUUAAAUUGUUUAGAAGAUUCGUUACAAAAAGCUGAUACACUAGAUAGAACAAUUUAUUUUUUCGUAGCUACUCAUUUUUGUUGGGUAUAUGAUUGUCGUUGUGGUUUCCAUUUUCCUGAAUUUUUCUUUUCGUUUCUUUUUUUUUUAGAAAAGACCUCCACUUUUUCAUUUUCUAUGCAUUGAAAUUCUUACUUCGUAUAGCUUAUCUUUUUCCAGGGGUCAAUUUAAUAACAUUUUUACAAGUGUAGCUAUUGUAUUUAGACCCUGAAACAAUGGCUACCUUUGUAAAUUACGCGUGUGAAAGUUUUAUUAAAUUGACCCCAGUGUUCGGGGAAUAAAAUUCAAGAGGCCACACCGGUAUUCAAAUCGGUAAUUAUUUGCCUGUCUCGUCUAUUGAAUCAAGCUUUCGAGUUUUUAAUCAAACCUAAAAUUGAACUUUGUGGUUGUGUUAUACAACUCAUUGUUUGUUGCGUCGAACAGGACUGAAGCUGCCAAUGUGGAGAAGAUUGCCACUCGAUUUCUUCGUGCAGGAGUCAAGCCAGAGCAGAUUGGAGUGAUCACUCCAUACGAAGGACAGAGAGCCUAUAUAGUACAGUACAUGCAGUUUAGCGGAUCACUUCACGCCAAUCUCUACAUGGUAAUAAUAUGAAGACUUAGUAAUACCUUCAUACAUUCGUCUAUUUCAACCAGAACCGCUUUAACACAAAUGCUGUAUCUUUACAGAAAAUGUAAGUUCACUGUUGUAAUUCUCUUUUGUUGGUGACUGUAGGAAAUCGAGGUGGCCAGCGUGGAUGCUUUUCAGGGUCGAGAGAAGGAUUACAUUAUUCUUUCUUGUGUGCGCUCAAAUGAACACCAGGUAGUUACCUAUUUAUUUGUUUGUUUAUUUGUUUAUUUAUUUAUUUAGUGUAGAUUGUUUUAUGAAAUUUGCAUUUGCAGCUACACUGUAGCAAGCUAAUUUUUGGCGUCAAUCCCAUUAUUCUUACCCAGUUUAUUAUUUUGUAUUUUUGUUUACAGGGCAUUGGUUUCUUGAACGAUCCCAGACGUCUGAAUGUGGCGUUGACUCGAGCAAAGUACGUACUUCCUUAGUCUCCUUUAGUUUCCUAGGGCCGGCAAAUAAGAACAAUCUACAAACCAUUCAAGUGUCGCUGUUAUUGGCACAAAGUGGCAAGUGAGGACAUUGCUGUCUUUAUGUAUCAUACUGAAGACAGGACCGCUAUUGUAAGAGCGAUGUCAGUACCGAAGUGCUCCUCAGUUAUUUUAACACCCUUCGAAUAAAUUCGGUCCCGGUGAUCAAACCCGCAGCUCCUGCUCCGCAGGCCAACGCUCUACCGACUGAGCAAAUCCUGCUGCGGUCUUAGUUUCAAAGUCGACUAGAAGGGAAACGAUUGUCGUGUCCGCGAAGCAGGAUAAAACCGAAAACGACAUCCGCAGUUGCCAUUUUGGUGGGUAAAAGUUAGCCUCCCCGCAGACGUCCUUUGGGGUUCGUUUGUCACGCAUUCAUGCGUAACAAACGAACCCCAAAGGACGUCUGCGGGGAGGCUAGGUAAAAGUGAGCCGUGAUAUUGCUUUGUUGCGCGAAGGAUUGUGGCGGUAAACAUGUCUUGCUCACGUGAGACUUUCCUAGUAUAGGUGAUGCUCGAUCUCGAUUGGUACUUUCGAGGAUCGGGCCUUGUCAAUGCUCCUGUGUGGGCACUGGCGGGCGGCAUAAUCCUGUUGGAAGUAGCAAUUUUUCUUGCUGUUCCGUUCCGCCAGGCCGUGUUGGGUUUCUUAUCUUAAACUGGAAUUUAUUUUGUACGCAGGUAUGGCAUCAUUGUCAUCGGGAAUCCCAAGAUUUUGUCCCGGGUAAGUUGUGUGGCUAGUGAUGUAAGCUUUCAUCUAGAACAAGACGUCGAUGCAUUAAUGAACUUUGACAGUAAAAGCUAAUUUUAUUCUCUCUGAUUGUUACUUACGUAUCAUGUUUUCCUCUUUAACUUGCAGCAACCCCUGUGGAACCACCUGCUGAACUACUACAAAGAAAACAAGGCUUUGGUGGAAGGUGAGUCCUGUGCAUGUCCGGUCUGCGGGUUCUAGCUAAAGCUACAGUAAAACGGGAAACCAAAAACGUGCAACCGGUUUUGCAACAUUGCUGCGAAACGAGUUAAUAGCGAUGUUGGGCGUGUUACCACCCACGUUCCAACCUGUCUUGCAACAAGCAAGGUUGCAAGGGUUUUUUUUCGUGGGCGCUAAAAAGCGCAACAUCGCUAGUCAACUCGUUUUGCAGCAAAGUCGCCAAGCAAGUUGCACGGUUUUUGUUGCCCGUUUUACCCGUAACUCAAGUGGUACAUGUUGUUAACAUUACGCUUUUGUUGCUCUACAGGACCCUUGAACAAUCUGAAGGAGAGUAUGAUUCAGUUCAGUAAACCAAGGAAGCUUGUCAACCGUACCAAUCCGGUAACGAGACUCUUCUCUUCCUAGUAUAAACAUAGCAACUUGAAGCAAACAAAAAGUCUGUCUCCUCUUCACGUCAUGCUAACGUUAGGGGGUGUUCCCGGGGUUUCGAAAACGGUUGUUUAUAGCCAUAAUGAAGUGUUGUGGUAGUUUGCCAAAAGCGAGGGGAGACUAGUGGUGUGGAAGUUGUUUAGUGUAUCUUUACUCUCGUUAUGUUAUUUUGUCAUCGCAUUAAGUACAACUUAUUAAUAAGUUAACUGUCAUUGUUGUACUCUGCAUUUCAUUAAUUUUGUUCUUCUUGAGGCUAGCCCGCAAACAUUCAAAUUAUGGUAUUCAAUGCUGGUAGAUAGGAUAUCAGGAUGUUCUAUUGAUCUCAAAAUUCCUCUGCCAUGCAACAGAAACCUUACUGAUAGAUGAACUAAUGGUUCUUGUUUCAUUAAUAUCAUCAGGGAGGUCGUUUCAUGAGCACCACAAUGUUCGAUGCGCGCGAGGCCCUGAUCCACGGCAGUGUGUAUGAUCGACAGAUACCCCAUGCACCAAUGGACCCCGCUGCCUUCCACGACGCCUACAGUUACACCCAUGACCGUAUGGGCUACAUCGGCGCCGAAAGAGCCAUCCCCCCUGCUGCAGCCGCUAGGAUCCCGGUACCCGUGGGAAUGUUUAUCCCCCCUGUACCGCCCCCACAUCACAACUACUUUGGACAGGUAUGAUUGUUUGCUGUUGGUCUCCCAUGUAGCUUUUAUUAUUGUCAACAUCUGUAUCACUAGAAAGUCAAAGAAAAUUACUGCGGGAUGACAGGGACUAACUGAGUUUCACGUCCCACAUCUAUUCGCUGAUAAAUUUACCUUGGUUUGCUUACGUCGCUAGAUAUGUUUGUCGAAAGUGCGUUUCAGUUCAACUUUUUACCGUCAAAACCUUGCUUUUCCCUGAAAACUAUCUUUGAAUUCAUAUUUCCUGGCAUCGCACAACUCAACCACGGACUAUGUCGUUUUCAUAUCGGGAAGUGAGUUCGGUCGGAGCCGAAGAGCCGAUCUCUGUCAAUGCAAAGCGAGCGAGUGACACAUUUGCAUAUCGAAACCCUUUGGAUACUCGUCGGAUAUCCACGAGUUGAAAACCGAAUUUCGCGAGGGUUUAUGCGAGUUACGUAUGGGCUGCCAUUCUUUUGAUAUUUUGGCUAAUUGCAUGUUAUCAUAUCUUAUUUUCCUUUUUGUUGUUUCUCCUAGCCUCUCGCUGGUCGCAUGCCACAUGGCCGUCCGGUUCAGCAGCCCCGUCAGCGAAACCAACGAAACCAUCACCCGCACCAGCCAAUGGCUUAUGCCCCUCACAUGCCAGCCAGCCAGGCAAGCCAGGUAGGACCAAGUUUCUUUCAGACAGAAAUUGAUGAGAGAUAUUGCUUUUUCGCUCAAUGCUUGAGUUGUUUUCUUCUUGACAGGACGCUUCCCAGCCUCUGUCCCAGGGUCCGUUGACUCAAGGUGGCAUGUCCAUGAGCCAGCCCAUGGCCUCACAGCCCCUGUCCCAGCCGGACUUGUCUCAAGACAGUUACCUAGGAGACGAUUUCAACCUGAAGUCCCAGGCAGACGCGGUUCUAUCCCAGGACUCCACCUACCAGGGGGAGAGGGGAGGUUACAUGAACUCCCUACCAGACUACUCCCAGCCAAACUAUGCCUCCCAAUACUGA